CGGGUUAGCAUGAUGAUGGUCAUUUCCAUAUGCAUGUGUUUAUACGAGUUGUGGGUGAGAAGAAAUGUGGGAAACUUAAAGCUCUUAUACCUAAACUAGGUGGCAUAUAAAGUGAUAAGUCGAAGUAUGAUGCUUCAUAUGAAAAUAAAAUGGGAUUGGAGCAGAAUGAUUUAUCCCCUGGUUGUGAAAAUAUAAUAUCAUGAUUCAUGGUGAAGUGGUGUCGGGUUGAUGAAUCUCCAAAAGGAGACUGCAUAUCUAGUUGAGUGCAACAGUGGUCUAUACCUUAAUAUCGAACCUUUGUUUAGCUUGGAUAUAAGACGUGACUAAAAUUGUCCAAUCGAUUUAUAUCGUUGCGUCGGUUUAACAAGCGAUAUGGUUCCACCAGGAUACAAUUAGUUUAUCUCGGUUUAUGUCAGUUUAACAAAAUAUUUAUACUUGAAUUCAACAAAUAACAUCAACAUUUAAAUUUCAAACUAAUGAAAUAAAUAACAAGUUAAAUUUUUUUAAUGGAAUUCAUUAAAUCGAUGCCAUUUUGUUUAAAGCCGAAAUCAAUCAUGACAGUCAUACCAGUGGUAUUCCAACUGGUUUUGUGACCAACAUUGGUUAUACCAUGUUCAAUAAGCCGCCAUUCCAGCGGCGUGACAACCAUGGAUGUUCCUACUUUACUGCCACAUGGAUCCCACUUCAUCUUAGUAAAAAAAAUAAAAUUUUGCAAUGAUUUUGUGGUCGAAAUUUGACUCACUUCUACUGUCACUCCAGGAAUUGGCCAAGUGAAACCACUUCCUAAAGCGUAGUAUAGCGGGUUUAGGUUUAAUUAUCAACCCGAGUCCUAGAUCUGAUGACUACUCAGUGAAUUCUUGUUAUCUAGCAAUGACACUGGCAUGCAAGUCUAAACUAUCAAACUAACAAAGCAAGUAAACUGUUGUAUUCAGGUUAAGAGAGGUCACCCGAAUAUGGUUCCCCCUAGACUGCAGUUAAGCCGGAUUGUAAUUACCAAGUUCAGUUUCUAUGAUAGUUAUACUGCGGAAGGUUCUUAAACAGCCUGAAGUCUCGACUAAAGGUCUUCAGACCCUCUCAAUCUGAGUCUCUAGCGGGCGACUAACCUCCACCGGAGUAAACAGAUUGAGGCCUUAACAAACAAAACCUCCACUACCGGAGUAAAUCCGGUACAGAAUAGUGAGUUGGCUCCUCGACUAAAGUCACCAACUCCCUACCUUCAUUCAAGGAUGCUCUAUCAACCUAGACAGAUAUUCUCAUUCUAGGUUAAAUCAGAAACAACAGGAAUUUGAUCAGGAUUCAAGUCAUUCAAUCAUUCAAACCUCAAUCGAAUAUAAUCAACUCAUAGAAUCAGUACUUGGGUUCAUACAAUCAAACCUAACAUACAAAUCUAGGGUUCUCCAUACCCAGAUGAAUGGGAGAACUACUCCAUGGAGAAAGAGGCAAAAGCAGAAUCAGACGCGGAAUUCAUACUGUGAAGGAUGGAUUCCUGCUCCUGGACGUUGAUCGGCACUUCUUCAAGCUCAAACUGGCCUCCAAUGGUGAUGAAGAUCAAGCUAGGGCACUUGGAGACUCUUGUUCGUCGCUUUCUCUCUCUAGGAAUCGCUCUGUCUCUCUAAAACUCGAAUCCCCUUCUCUUUGGCUGAAAAUCUGCUUAAAAGGGCAUCAGUGGCCAAAGCACGGUCGAGGGCACGGCCGUGUAAUGCCUCAGCCCGCCCGUGCUUUGGCUAGUGUUAAUUACACUAGGAGAAACACGGCCGUGCUUUUGGGAGGACACGGCCGUGCUUUGGUGAAGCACGCUCGUGUUCUAUCUCAACCCUGCCCGUGUUUUGGCCAAUGUUUGCCAAACUCGAAUUAGCUCUCGGCAGUAAAAGCACGGUCUCAGAACACGGCCGUGUAAUGGUUUAGGUGUGCCCGUGUUUUGGCUCAGCUUCACCGAAAUGACUUCCGAAUGCCCCGAAACUCGUGCUUAGCCUUCCCUUUUACACCUGGGACAUGAAACAUGACAAAAUAGCACAACCCGGCAUAAAAUAGGCCAAAAACACACGACUAUGCCCCUCAAACGGAUAAGAACUAGGGGCGCAAAUACGUGCAAUUACAUCAUUAUCAAAUUCCCCCACACUUAACCGUUUGCUUGUCCCCAAGCAAACCUAACUCAAACCAAUGCAACUCUCCAGACCUCUAUAGCAACAAACAAUCCAGAUCGUAGGUAGAGGACUUCCUAGGUCAUUUAGCAGCUUACGAGGUCAACCGACGCACAAGUCAUCUCAUAGCUUCUUCGGCGAGAGCACUAGUAUCGAGUCGGCAUCAUGGCAAAUAGUGAACAGAGGACAAAUGAAUCGUGGAUGAAGAGAUUCUCAAUAACAAAGGAUCAUGGACUCA